AUGUCGGUAUCAUCCGGGAGUUCAUUGUAUGGGGACCAAGAUCAGGAUCUUUUGUUUGAUGAAGAGGAAGACAUAGAUUUCUAUGCAAUAUUGAAUGUGCCAAAAAAUGCUACCGAAGAUGAGAUAAAUAAGGCAUACCGACGUCGCUGUCUCAUUUUUCACCCCGAUCGGCAUAAUGAUGAGGAGCAAAAGAAGGAAGCGGAGAAGAUUUUUGUUCAGCUGCGCCGCGCUCAUGAAAGCAAGUUUUGCCCUAAUCUUCUUUACUUGACUCUGAUGGAUCCAAAGCAGCGCGCUAUUUACGAUGCCCUCGGUGUGCAAGGUCUCGAUACGCAGGGAUGGGAACUUGUCUCGCGAUCGGCAAAUCCAGAAAAUAUAAGAAAAGAGUAUGAAUUCUUGCAACGACUGAAAGAACAAGAACUGAUGUUGCAAAGGGUGCAUCCGUCUAGUGGUUUUAUCGUGAAGACGUCACUGGCGGGUAUGUUCCAAGAGGAUCCAGAUGAUAGGUAUCCCCCGCAACUAAUUGGAAUAGCAAUAUCACAAGCAGUUGACUGCGCGAUGACUGCAGAUGAUCGCAUCGGUCUCACUGGUAGAGUGAAAUCAGCAAAUGGUCGAGGGGACGGAAAUGUUACUGCCAUAUGGAGAAAGAGUGCAGGACAGUUUCAUGUUGAGAAUAUGGUAACCGUGUCUAGCGAAGCUAUCAAUCUGACCUGCAGAAUUGCCCGGAAUAUAUACACUCGGGCAGCCAUCAUAGUUCAACCUUCAAUUCAGUACUUUCCUCUGCAGGAAGCAUUCGCACCAGCUUUGACCCUAAUAUACUCAAUGAGACUACGUGUUCGAUGGCAGGGUAGCAUCAUAUUGAAUCUGACUCCUAUUCAAAGUGCAAUCACAACCACACUUGUUCAUACAGAAAACAAUCAGCCCAAAGCUGUAGCCAAUUUCACUUUAUCGCCCUCGAAUUCCAAUGUGCGUGUGGCAUAUUACUCUCGUAAUCCAGAG